AUGGUGUGGACCAUCUUUCGGAUAGCGGCAGACUUGUCGCAUAUCACGGCGAAAUGCGUCCUCAUAUUCUCGAUUCACCGGAACAGGAGCUCUGAGGGUGUCUCGCUCCUCACCCAGCUCCUCUACCUCGUUGUCUUCCUAACCCGCUACACCGACCUCUUCUCGGAGUCCUUCGCUUGGAACUACUUCUUUAAAGUCUUCUACUUCCUCUCAUCCUUCUACACCAUCGCCAUCAUGCGCUUCGUUUACCCGCGCACCCGCGAGCGCGAGAUCGCCUGGAAACUGGCUGCCCUAAUCCUUGCGGCCACCAUCAUCCUCUCGCCCUUCGUCAUGCUCGCCUUCUCCGAGGACAAAAGCUUCAGCGAAUACCUCUGGACUGUGUCUCAGGUUCUCGAGUCGGUUGCCGUGCUCCCACAGCUUCUCCUCUUACGCCAGACUACCAUCCCGACCGUCAUCACCUCCUUCUACAUCGUCUUCCUAGGCUCCUACCGCGGCCUGUACGUCAUCAACUGGAUCCAGCGCGAAUUCGACACCAACAUGAAGAAACCCAACCCGACCUCCGUCCUCUUCGGCAUCAUCCAGACCGCCCUGUACAUCGAUUUCGCCUGGGUCUACUGGUCGCGCCAGCGCGUCAAGCUCCGCAACGGCGGCGUCGUCGACGCCGACGACCUCUCCCGCGGCUGGCUCCUCCGCCGCAUCUUCGGCAACAAACGCUUUGGCGGCCGUGGCGGUGCUAAUGGUGGCCUCGACGACGGCGCCGAUGACGAAGAGAGCGCCCCCGCCCUCGGCCGAGGCGGGUUCAACCACCACCAGCAAUCAUCCUCAUCUCGCGGACUCGGUGGUGGAAGUAGCGGCAACAACACCCGUCCCAAAUGGGGCUCCCGUGGCAUCUCCAUCAGCGCGGACGAGGGUGUUUUCGAAACCGAGCGUGCGCGCGGCGAUGCGUUUGAUGACGGUGACGAUGAUGAUGAGGAACACGGCGUGACUGAUGUCGACCCGGAUGCUAGGAUGCGUGAUCCGGAUGAGUUGGCUAGGGUGCUGGAUGAGGAGGAGGAGGAAGACGACGAUGAUGACGACGAUGACGACGAUGACGACGAUGACGACGAUGAUGAUGACUCAUCGGAGGACUCGUCGUCGGCGGCUUCAUCGUCUGCCCAAAAGAAGAAAAAGGCGGCGACGCAUACCGAUGCGAAGGGGCAGCCGAGCGGGGUGGGGAAUGGGGACGAGUGGAACGAUGACUGA